AUGAAUAUCAUCAACAGAGAAGAGGCUCUUAGAGCCAAAGAUUUAGCAGAAGGGUUAAUGGAAAAGUCUGAUUUCACCGGAGCUCGUAAGCUCGCGUUGAAGGCUCAAAAAAUGGAUCCCACCUUGGAGAACAUAACACACAUGACAAUGGUGUGUGAUGUGCACUGCGCUGCAACAGAGAAGCUUUUUGGGAACGAGCUAGAUUGGUACGGUAUACUUCAGAUUGACAUGUAUUCUGAUGAUAUAGUCAUCAAGAAACAGUACAGGAAGCUGGCGCUUCUUCUCCACCCUGAUAAAAACAAGCUCCCCGGUGCUGAGUCUGCUUUUAAACUGAUCGGUGAAGCUCAGAGGAUACUUUUGGAUAAAGAUAAAAGGAGUGUUUAUGAUAUUAAACGUAGAGCUUGGAGAAAGCCUGCACCAGCACCAGUGUAUAAAACUCAACAGGUGCCGAGGAACCGUGCACAGCAGGCAAGUGUUAACUUGAGGAAUGUUUACAACGAUUUGAGAGCUAAAGCCACACCACCAGCAGGUUUCAGUCACCGUCCAACGUUUUGGACCUCUUGUCCCUUCUGCAGGUUGAGGUAUGAGUAUGGUAGGGAACAUGUCAUGAAAGAAACUACUUGUCUGGGUUGCAGAAAACAGUUCACUGCUUUUGAAAUCCCUUGCCAAAGUGUACCACCGGCGAAAAACUCUAGCCAGACUACUUCUUUCCCACAACAGAACAAGUUUCCAGCCCAAAAUGCUUGCAGUGAACCGCCACAGCAUCCAGACGGUCCUGCCACUGUUCCCUCUGGAAAGGCAACUACUGUUCCUUCUGGAAAGGCAACAGCUACUGGAAAGAUGAAGAGAAAGAGAAAGUAUAUGGAUGAAUCUAGUGAUAGUUCUGACAGUGAAAGUGAUGACGAGUUCGGAGAUGUUGUCAAUGGUGAUACACAAGGUUUGAGGUCCAAUGGAGGACAGCAGCCUCGGAGGUCAGUCCGUAGCAAGCGGCAGGUUUCAUAUAAGGAGAAUUUGAAGGAGGAUGAUGUAGACUUAGUUAAUGAAGAUGGGGGAGAGUCUGGGAAAAAUAUUGAUACUGAAAAGGAAGAAGAGCUAGAAGGCGAAAAGCAGACACAUGAAACCUUGCCGAAUGGCAUAACCCGAAAGGAGAAGAUUGAAGAAGAUCAGGUGAAGUUGGAAAGCGAAGAUAGUGGCAAUGAUUCAGAGGAGGAUUUAUGUUCAGGGAGUGAAGCAAAACCAAAGGUUAUCAACUGUGAUGAUCCUGAGUUCAGUGACUUCGAUAAGCUGAGGGCAGAAAGCUGUUUUAAAGCUGGCCAAAUCUGGGCUUUAUAUGAUGAUGGAGAAGGAAUGCCUAGAUUUUAUGGUCUCAUAAAAAAAGCUACAAUAACUCCAGUUUUCUCGGUAACUUACAUAUGGUUAGAGUCAGAAGAAGAUGAAGAAGAACGAAACUUGCCUGUUUCUGUUGGUAAGUACGAACUUGGUGGAGAGGAGAAGACAGAUAACACUGAAGUUUUCUCUCAUUUGGUCGAGAGCAAAUCAAGAAGCAGGCGCUACUUUAAGGUAUUCCCGAAGAAAGGAGAGACGUGGGCUCUUUUCAAGAACUGGAACAUGGACUUAUCCUCAGGCUCUUCUCAUGAGUAUGAGUUUGUUGAGAUCCUGUCUGAUCAUACAGAGGGAGCCGCGAUAUUAGUGGGGUUCUUGUCUAAAGUAGAAGGCUUUAAAUUUGUUUUCUGUCCAGUGCCAAAGGAUGGAUUAGACACUGGUGAGAUUCCACCUCAUGAGUUCUGUAGAUUCUCACAUGGGAUUCCUUCAAACAGAUUGAAGGGAACAGAAGGGAGAGGCAUCUCAGAAGGUUGGUAUGAGCUUGAUCCAGCUGCUUUACCAGUCCCUGGCUCUCCACCUUCAUGA